GUCCCUGCCAUCCUCUGACUUUGCAAAAGGCCACUGGGAUUCAGCAGAUUUGGAUAGCGGCGGCAUCUCUCCUCAAAAGCGUUCGCGUCUGACUAGCAUAAGUUCGGUGGCUAAGUGGGGGUGUGAUUUCCUUCAACGUAAUUCCGACGGUCGGAAUUGGAAGGACACCGGGUGGAGUACAGAACUCUUGGGUUGACAACUCCGGAUGACGGCAUCUGUAUGACUUGCCGGUCUCAGUUUCGAAUUCCUUCUUUGAGAACAGUGUUUGUGGGAUCUUGAGAGCGGGGCGUUGAGGUUCAGUAUACGAGUUUGUCAUGACUAUUGUGAUUUCGAGGUGGAACAAACUUAGAUCGGAAUAGGAAUCCCAACCAGUUUUUUUCACUCCAUCUGGGCUUCUUGCGACGUAGUGAUGUGAAGUUCAGGACCGAGAACCGGCAUCGUAGCAGCAUCAUAACUUUGCAGUCGACGCUAGCAUGUUGGGUGAGGGUAUAUCUUAUUAGAUGGAGUGCGACGUUCAAGCCAGCUUUCCGUAUCUUCGGGGGCUUACUGGAAAUCGCAUGCUCAGUUCUUGUGAUAGAAUAGAUGCGAAGGCUUCUAUCUCGAGGACUCGGGAUUUGCUCCCAUCAUGGCGAUGGCUGAUUACGCUUUGUGUUGCGACCAUGCUGUCCUCUGAGGCUCCGUCGGUUGCUUCGCAAGCUGUUGAUCAAGGUUCAGCUUUGAAGAGUUUGGCACGCGAUUGGAACGCACAAGACUUGCUUGCGGAUUGGGAACGGAAUCCGCUUCCUGACCCGUGUCUUGGAGCAUGGACGGGUGUCUUUUGCGACAACGCGACAAACACGAAUGUUGUCAUCUUAAAUUUUACAGCAAAGGGGCUCAAAGGUCCUAUGCCCUCCCUGAUAAGUCAGCUUGUUCACUUAGAGGAAUUGACUCUCGAUGACAAUCGUAUAGAAGAUCCAAUACCGUCGGAGAUUGGCAGACUUAUUCACUUGAGGAGAUUGAGUCUGAACAAUAACAGCCUUACGUCCCUUCCUCCAGAGGAACUUUUAAUGUGCAAUUUAACCUACCUGGCAAUGCACAAGAAUAACAUUUAUGGACAGCUUCCUCUAUGGAUCAGCAAUAUGGUCACCCUUGAAAAACUGGACAUGUAUGCGAACAAGCUUUGGGGUGGCCUUCCACCGGAGUAUGGGAGGCUGACAAACAUGAAAUCCAUGCAACUGUGGGAGAAUCAGCUGUCUGGUUUCAUACCCCGUGAGUGGAGUAACAUGAAGAAGAUGCUCAACUAUGGUUUGGGUCAUCUCUACCUCACGGGCAAUGUACCGGAUUGGUUAUUUGAGCUUCCAUCCUUAAGGACUGCGACACUUUCUCGCAAUCAGUUAAUUGGGCCAUUUCCGAAUCUCACGAAGUUGUUGAACAAUGGAAAUCCCGAUUUCACCAGAUUGGACUUGAGUUGCAAUUAUCUUACUGGAGCGUACCCCACAAUUCGCAAUACUGCAGCUCCCAACACUACAGUGAUUUAUUACAGCAACUGUUAUGACAACGAGACAGAUUCCAGCGCCACGAUUAACACACCUAUGAACGCAACCCAGAAUACUCCGCAAAACUGCAGUAGGAGUUGGGACUGCACUAGUUUUUACAACCAAUUUUCUGUGACCCGAAAUGAGUGUCCCCCUUGUCCUUCAUCUCAAACUCUCACCGACCCCAGCAAAUGUGUGUGUGGAAAAGGUUUCUCCAGCAAUGGUACUUCUACUGCACCAUUUAUAGGAGCUGGUGUCGUUGGAGGUUUUUUUGUUAUGAUCACCGCCUUUGUUCUUACUGCUUCGUGUAUGAAGAUGAGGAAGCCCAAAUACCCUCAAUUUGGGAGGAAAAUCGAAGGCGUCGAUGAUCCUUGGAUAAUUCCAGAGGGGCUGCGCAGAUUUCGGUUGCAAGAGCUGGAGGAAGCCACCCAAAAGUUCAGUCAGAAGCAUUUCCUCGGUAUGGGUGGUUUUGGAAAUGUAUACCAAGGAUUCCUGAACGACGGGAAAAUUGUGGCCAUAAAGUGUGCGUCAUUGCGGAGUGCACAAGGUCACAAAGAGUUUCAAAAUGAGCUUACAUUGCUCGCUCGGUUGCACCAUCGCAAUCUCGUUGGACUUUUAGGCUUCUGCGAUGAUGGGGGACUCCAGAUAUUGGUGUAUGAAUACAUGUCGAACGGUGAUCUUUACGACAACUUGUUCGGUACUGACGGUAGACCAUCCCUUAACUCGUACCAGCGGGUUGAAGUUGCUCUUGGCAUUGCGCGGGGUUUAGAUUAUCUCCACUCAUUUGCGGAUCCACCGGUUAUCCACAGAGACAUUAAGGCAUCUAACAUCCUUCUCGAUGAGUUCAUGGUAGCGAAGCUAGCGGACUUUGGCGUGUCGAAGAUAUCGCCUGAGCCUUACUCACACAUAUCCACACGACCAGUAGGAACUAUGGGGUAUGUUGACCCUGAAUAUUUCAGAACGAAUCAAGUAACGGUUUCGAGUGAUAUAUACUCAUUCGGCAUAGUUCUUCUGGAAAUCAUCACAGGAAAACCCAUAAUUGACGACCAACGAGGAGAGAAUACGAAUUUAGAAGACUGGGUGAAACCAAGAUUCAUACUCAGAGGAGUGAAAGAGAUUGUUGACCCAAAAUUUAAGGGUGAUUAUGAUGAAGAGCUUUUUACAAAAAUGACUGAAUUGGCGAUUCGAUGUACUUCAGCUAAGAGGAACGACCGACCAACUAUGAAGGAGGUAUUGAAUAUCCUGGAGCCAUUAGCUAGGGCAUCCUUGGAAGCUUUGUCAGAACGAAUGCACUCAGUCUCAAAGUCCAUCGACAAGUCUCUGUCUAGUGAGCGAUCCGAGUUUUACUUCAAUUAUGAGAGUAAGAAUCCUCCACUAGUAAGGGAGAGUCCUGAAGCAGGCGAGUCUAGUAGUGAUGGUAAUGUAGUUACCAAGUAUUUGGAUAACCUCGCCACUAUCCAACAGGUUCCCCGAUAACCAACAUCGUUUGCCAUUUUACUUGCCACUGUAAUUCGUAACAGAAAUCUACUUGAAUGGGUAGACUCUGAGUGGAGCAGUAAUUUUCUUCCAAGGGUUGAUAGAAAUUGUAAAUUUGCUUCAAGCAAGUUGGAGUGAGCUCUUUUUUAGAGUUUCUGAGGGUUCAGGUAUAGUUUAGUGUACAGCUAGGCAAAAACUGUCGAACAAAAGCUGUUCGUGCAUUUUGGACAGGAAACGCCAACCCCUCACAUUUGAAAUCAUGUUGCAAGCUUAAGCUUGAUUGACACCAGAA